UUAAGAACUAUAUCUGCCUAUUCUUGUACUGUUUCUUUUCUUCUUAUUUCAUCAAUUCUUAGUAUUUAAAAGUACUAAGAAAGAUGGCUUCCUCCAUGUUGCUGCUUUUCCCUAUGCUUGUCAAUUGUUGUUUGUUCGGUUCUGCUUCGGGUUCCCCCGCCGUGGAGAAGGCGUACGCGGCCGUGAUGAGCAUCAUGUCUCCAGGAGAGCAGUAUCUGACCCAGCAGUCGCUUCGCUCCCUAUUUAAUACACUACAGAAACGUGUGCAGUGCGGUGAAGUGUCGUGUGGAAAGUGUGAUCUACCAGAUGCUGUUCACCAGCUAAUCAGCAAUCACUCCAUCCAUGGGGAGACUGAAACCGGAAAAGAAAGGGAAAACUUUACCAUCAGUGUGUCUGAGUUCACUGCUGUCGCUGCUGGCUACGUCCUCUACCUUGCCUCCCCUGGCCUGGUGUGUACCGCGGUGAGGCAGGGGAGGUGGGGAGAGGAGACCGAACAUUUCCUACACAAAAUCACACAUGGGGAACACCAUGAAGAGAGCGAGUCACACCACAACCAUGAGCACAUAGAUAUUCAUGGAAUAGAAACUGUGCUUCAAGAGCUUCACAGCCACUAUGAGCCUGCAGACAGUGAGAGCUGUGUGAAAGCCAAUGACAUUAUGACAGAGGUUGGCACACCCUCAGCAGACCAGAGGCAACCAGUGGGGGCAGUUUUGGGUCGUGUCCUGUAUCAUGCCUUGCUAGGUCACUGUUUCAGCCAGUCCCUGCCCAAUGAGAGCUUCUUCCUGGACUACAUCAUUGACCGACUGGGGUCUGAGAAUUUCACUGUUGGAGACCUGAAAGAUCUUAUGAGUAGUCUGAACCUCGGACCCAAACUGGACGAACACGAGCAUCACCAUAAUGAUGAACAUGCUGAUCAUGAUCACAGCAUUGGAAGACGGAGGAAGAGGAGCAGCCAUGAACGCCAUGAAGGGCAUGAGACCAAUACCACCUGGGAGCAGAGGUGUUUCUCGGCUGAAGAGCUGGUGCUGAUCUACAGUCUGGCAGAGAACAGAUCUGCCUCCUCUGGCUUUGGUCGGUCUGACUUGGCUCAGCUCAGCCCGGCGCUUGUCCAGCAGAUCCUUAGUGGAGCCUGUACAAACAUCAUAGAGCCAUUGACACCGGAUGAGCUCACUAAGACUGAGAGAUACCUCUACGCAACACUUGCCAAUGUGGUGAUAACACUGGCCUCCAUGUUUGGCAUCGUUGUGCUGCUGUGUACCUCGUGCACCAAAUUAUUCCAGCUGUGUAUCCAGUUUUGCAUCAGCCUGGCUGUUGGCUCACUCACUGGAGAUGCCUUACUGCACCUGCUACCCAUGUUUCUAGGCUUACAUGUGCACUCAGCCGACAGCAGCAGACAUUCCCAUCACAGCCAUGAGGAAGAAACGCCAGACUACAUAUACAAGAUGCUGGUUUUGAUGGCUGGGAUCUACUACUUUUACCUGAUGGAAACAAUCUUCUCUCUUAUCACACAUAAAGAGAAUCAUCACCAUCAUCAACAUCACCAUGGGGAAGAAUCAGACCCUCACCACUGUGACCACGGAAGGGUUUUAGAGAUGUAUCAACAGGAAAGAAAACAAAAAGACAAAUCACAGUCAGCAUCAAAAGCAGACCUGGUGAGUCAGGUGGACAACAGAUGAUUUAAUCAUUUUUUCAGUCAUCAUCAGUUGAUUCAGAUACUCAAACAGCGUCUGCUGCCUUAUAUGAUAACUAUUGGCGAUGGGAUCCAUAACUUUGCUGACGGUUUAGCAAUGGGUGCAGCUUUCUCUCUGUCAUGGAAGUCUGGUUUGUCCACAUCACUGGCUGUACUCUGCCACGAACUGCCACAUGAACUGGGCGACUUUGCCAUUUUGCUCCACAGUGGCGUGUCUGUCCGCAAGGCUCUGCUGUUAAACCUCGGCAGUGCCAUGACCUCCUUCAUCGGCCUGUAUGUCGCUCUGUCUAUAGCCACGGACCUCGCUGCCAAACAGUGGAUAGCUGCCAUUACUGCAGGACUCUUUCUGUAUGUGGGACUGGCUGAUAUGCUUCCCACCAUGGUUCAUAUAAAUCACAAGAGAUCCUGGAUGAUGUUUCUGUUGCAGAAUAUCGGCCUUCUGAGUGGAUGGUCUAUUCUGUUGUUGCUGUCACUUUAUGAAGAGAGAAUCAGCAUUUAA